GGGGUUGGAGGCUCAGGGCUGGAGUUGCUGUGGCCUCCCAGUGAGCUAGAACCGGGUUCAGUGGCCUAAGCAGCAUGGCGUGGAGACAGCUCAGAAAACGGGCCCUGGACGCCGUGGUCAUUCUGGGAGGUGGAGGACUUCUCUUUGCCUCCUACUUGACGGCCACGGGGGAUGAGCAUUUCUAUGCCGAAUAUUUGAUGCCAGUUGUGCAGGGUCUGCUGGAUGGAGAGUCUGCCCACAGGCUAGCUGUCCGUGUCACCUCCCUGGGGCUCCUUCCUCGAGCCACGUUUCAGGACUCUGACAUGCUGGAAGUGAGAGUCCUGGGCCAUAAAUUCCGAAACCCAGUGGGAAUUGCUGCAGGAUUUGACAAGCACGGGGAAGCAGUGGAUGGCCUUUUUAAGCUGGGCUUUGGCUUUGUUGAGGUAGGAAGCGUGACUCCCCAGCCUCAGGAAGGAAACCCCCGACCCAGAAUCUUCCGCCUCCCUGAGGACAAAGCUGUCAUUAACAGGUGUGGAUUUAACAGCCAGGGGCUCUUGGCAGUGGAGCGCAGGCUACGUGCCAGGCAGCAGAGGCAGACCAGGCUCACAGCAGAUGGGCUGCCGCUGGGAAUAAACCUGGGGAAGAAUAAGACGUCGCAGGACGCCGCUGCAGACUACGCAGAGGGUAUCCGGGUGCUGGGCCCCUUGGCUGACUACCUGGUCGUGAACGUGUCCAGCCCCAACACCCCUGGGCUGCGCUCCCUGCAGGGAAAGGCCGAGCUGCGUCGCCUGCUGACCAAGGUGCUGCAGGAGAGGGACGCCUUGCGGAGAGCACAGAAGCCGGCGGUGCUGCUGAAGAUUGCCCCUGACCUCACGGCCCAGGACAAGGAGGACAUUGCCAGCGUGGUGAGAGAGCUGGGUAUCGACGGGUUGAUUGUGACCAACACCACAGUGAGUCGCCCUGCCGGCCUGCAGGGCGCCCUGCGCACCGAGACGGGAGGCCUGAGCGGGAAGCCCCUCCGAGACUUAUCAACUCAGAUGAUCCGAGAGAUGUACGCGCUGACCCAAGGCAGGAUCCCCAUCAUCGGGGUUGGCGGCGUGAGCAGCGGGCAGGAUGCGAUGGACAAGAUCCAGGCGGGGGCCUCGCUGGUGCAGCUGUACACGGCUCUCACCUACGGGGGGCCGCCCGUGGUGGGCAGGGUCAAGCGGGAGCUGGAGGCCCUCCUGAAAGAGCAGGGUUUUAGCACAGUCACAGAGGCCAUUGGAGCCGAUCAUCGGCGGUGAGGACAUCGUCUUCGGGGAGCUGGGUCUGGAACCUUACCAGGAACUCGGGCGAGCUGUGUGGCUGGAUCGGGAGAGGAGGACUCCGCCUCCAGCCGCGUCCCCAAACCGAGGCCGGGCUGGGCUGUGAGGGCCGACGGUGGGGUUGCCAGAACCAACAGAGGCUUUCUGUAGUCACUUGGUCAGCGUAAGCUCUGUGCGUGAUUCUUGCUGGAUCCGCAUCCAGGGGUCCUUCAGUAUUGCAAGGACAUUGGAAGAAAUAAAGCCAUUCAGAACUCGA